ACCACUCCUUCUCUCUCCUCUGUUCCUCCCACCUUUCUAUCUCUUACUAUUAUUAUUGUUAUUAUUAUUUUAAUGUUUAUUUCUUAGCUCAUCGAUUUGAGCUUCGAAGAUUGCUCAAGAGAACGAUCCGAGCUGCGAAAUAACAAGCUAAACAUUUUUCACCCAGGAUCUCGAAACUUAGCUCUAGGAAAUAUUAUCCGAAUUUUUUUAAAUUUGUUAUAUAAUAGUAAUUGUACUGUAUUGAAAAUAAAGUUAGUAUGGUUGGUUAUAUCGAGGUUUCGAUCGAAUCCUCGAUCAGUUAUUUUUUAUUUUAUUAAAUUGAUAAGUUUUGGAGAUUUCGUUGUUGGUGCAGCGAGAGUAGAGAUGGAAACGUCAGUAGUAGUUAUUUUUGAGCUGUGAUAUAAUUCAUUUUUUCUUCAAAAUUAUUGUUGAUGAUUUCUGUUCGCGGUGAGAAUGGGAGGAAGGAGAUAGGAUUAGGGUUUGGAAGAGGAAAUAUGGAAGAGACCGAGCUUGAAGAAGGAGAGGCCUCGCUUGAUUCGUCAAUUGACCCUGAAAUUGCGCUGUCUUACCUCGAUGAAAAAGUCCAAGAUGUUUUGGGACAUUUUCAAAAGGAUUUUGAAGGGGGUGUGUCAGCGGAGAAUUUGGGUGCAAAAUUUGGCGGGUAUGGUUCAUUUUUACCUACCUAUCAGCGUUCUCCUUCGUGGUCUCAUGCACAGACUCCUCCAGAAGUCUAUAACCAUAACAAGCAAAUAUUCCCAAACAAUAUGCAACUUGAGGAUGCUCGACAAAAUUCAUUUUCUGCACCAACUGCUUCUUUUUCAGCAAGGCCUGGAACAACAUCUUCAAGUAGGCCUGAGCCUAGAGCCCCAUCUGGAACUGAUGAAGCAAUUCAGGAUGUGAGCAUGCUAUCUAAUAUUGUUGAUGACUUGACUUCGAAAGUUGAACUUGAGAAGUCCACAAAUUUUUCUGAUGGGAAAGCUCUGAAGUUUCGUAUCAAAGUUGGUAUAGAUAAUUUGUCGACUCGCAAAAAUGCUGAGAUUUACAGUGGGCUUGGUCUUGAUGUCUCUCCUUCAUCAUCUUUGGAGGACAGCCCAAUGGAUAGUGAAGGGUUGUUGUGUCAUGAUCUUCGGGACAUCCCAGAUGAAUCACCUACCAGUAUUCUUCAGAUUAUGACAUCAGUCGGAUUAUUUGGAGGGCUACUCCUGUCCCCAAUUUCUAAUGACGUCAAUCGAUUGACUGAAAAAGGUUGGCCUUGUGGAGAGAGUAAACCGAAAAUUAUACAAAAGGCAAACUUGGGGGGUUCUAGGUUGGCGAGGAGUGGGUCUGAUCUUGCGAUGACCAAUGGGAAAGUUUAUGGAGAAAAGAAGCCAAAGUUGGUUGAGAAAUCUGGUGUUUCGGUAGAUCUAUCAACUAAUAAUUGUAAGGAUACUCUUGAUGGUGUAGGUAUUACAUUAAAGAAGGAAACAGAUGUUGACCAUUCAUCAUACGAAGAUCUUGUUUUGAAUGCUCUGAAACUCCCACUUUUGUCCAAUGCUUGUGUCGCAGAUGCAAAAGAAGUUGUAAAGUCAGUCACUGUUUCUACCACUGUACCGAAGAGUUCGGUUAAAAAUGAUAACCAAUCUAAUGUGGGAGAAGAGGAACUUUUGGGGCCUGUGGCACAGAACUGUAGGGUCGAGAAGUCUAAUAGAAAGCUAAGCUUAUCUGAGAAGGUAAGAGAAAGUAGCAAACCAACUUAUACUGAUGAAAAAUCAGUUCACCAAAAGAAAGAAGUUAAUCACAAGGAAGAUAAGGCGGAGUUUUCGAUCAAGAUUGAGUCAAAUGUCUCUGGCGAAAGAAAAUAUCCGAAAGUUGAUGAUUCUUCAAAUCACAAUGUUGAUCAGAAAGUUGCAUCUCAUAAUGAGUAUGAUUUAAAGUCAAAUACUGGGGAGCUCCAGUCCUCAUCUGGAGGCAAAAAGAAAUCAAAAGGAAACCAAAGCCAAUGCACUCAAGGCACAGACCCUGUGGAGGAUGGCUUGACUUCUAAUUCUUCUAUGGUGCCUAAAAGUAAGAAGCCUUCUAACUCAGACAUCCAUUUAUCAAAAAAUGAUUCAGAGGGUUUAAGAAAGGGAUAUGGAAAAGCAACAGAUAAGUACAAGGACUUCUUUGGGGACCUAGAACUUGGACAGGAAGAUGAAGAAAUUGCUUCUGAGGAAGUGCCCUCAGUACAGAUGGUCAAAGACUCUGUGUUGGUUGAAAAGAGAAGCAUGUCUGAAUCUAAUAUUGUUAACGAGAGACCUAAUUGUAAAAAAGUUGAGGGCACAUCUGUAACAGGAAAUCAUCCAAAGUCAUCUUCAUAUAGGCCCCUUCCCGCUGGUAAAGGGCUGAAUCAUGAUGCAGCUACCACAAUGGUGGCCCCUCUAGUUAAAGAAGAUUGGGUCUGUUGUGAUAAGUGUCAAACUUGGAGGCUUCUUCCACUUGGUACAAAUCCCGAGAGUCUUCCUGAGAAAUGGCUGUGUAGCAUGCUUGACUGGCUGCCUCAUAUGAACCAUUGUAGUAUCAGUGAGGAGGAAACGACCAAUGCUUCAAGGGCCCUUUACCAAGUCCAGGCUUCGGUAGCUCCUUUUGCUGCUGCUUCUAGUAGUCAACUUAAUCAGCAUGCUCAUCCUGGUAGGACCGUGUUGGGAGUAUCUCCUGUUGAUAUGCGGAGAUCAAAUGAAGAUUGUCAUUUUUCUGGAUUACAAGCCAUGGCCACUGGUGGGAAGAAGUGUGGAUCAAAAGAGGUAACAAGUGCAAAUAGCCAGGAUGGCCCUAUACAAUCUUCAAAUCUGAAGAAGAACCUUCUGGCUUGUUCUAAUAGUAGAAACUUGAAUGAAGUGGACAUCUCCCCUUUAUUUGAUGAAUUUGGAUCUCAGUGCAUGGGCCAGGUGGGUCGGUCAGUUGUUGGGAGACAUGUUAAAGAAAAGGAGAAGAAAAUUCUACUUGAUAGUAACUCUGGCGAAGGUGAUGGAACUAAAUCAAAGCUGAAGAACCCAAGAGAGAGUGAUAUUGAUGGCCUGAGAGCUUCUAAGAAGAUCAAGACGGAAGAUGUACGUAAUAGAGAUGAAAAUUGCACUUCUGAUCAUGGUGUAACCUCUUCAAAAGCAGGUCAAAGCUCAAGUAGUGCAUCAUUGAAUGAUCCCUACAAAUACAGCAACUAUUCUAGGGAUUCUAAAGGUGAUCCAAAGAGGAAGUGGUCUUCUGAAAAAUCAGAAGUCCAAUCACUGAAAAUGGACAAGUCUGGUCAUGAUAAUUUCAUGAAGAAGAAGAAAGGGAACGUACAUCUAAAUGCAGAAGUCGACUGUUUGCCUCUACCUAGUUCGCAACAUCAUUCCCAAGGAAGCAAGGGUUUUUCAGAAGACACAGGAGAAAAUGAUCGCAGGAAAGAAAAGAAAGCGCGGGUAUCGAAGUCUGAGGGGAAGGACUCCCGUGGGAACAAAGAUGUUACAUCAGAAAGAAAGGCCAGAGGGUUGACGGACCAAAAAAUGGAGCAAGAUCUGGAUAGCGCUCCAUCACAAAGGAGCAUUGAUGCUGCAGAUUCUUUCAGAAGAGAUUUAGGUUCUGGACAGCCUUCUGUGGCAGCUACUUCAAGCUCUUCAAAGGUUUCUGGAUCACAUAUAAGUAGAACCAAUCACCAGGAAAUGAAAGGCUCACCUGUAGAAUCAGUGUCUUCAUCUCCUUUGAGGAUUUCUAAUUCUGAUAAACUGCCACAAGUAAGGACUGUUGCAGGAAAGGAGGAUCUUCAGGAUGCUGGCUUCUUUGCCAAAGCUAGUCCAAGAAGAUCUUUAGAUGGAGAAGAUGUUGGAUUGAGUGAACAGUCAUUGAAAGUGAAGGAUGAUACUCCCAGUGUCAUCCAUCAUAGGUCCCUAGAGUCCACUGUGAAUGAUCUUCAGGGCAGGGAUUUAGAUGAUGUAGCAAGCCUUGUGGAUAAGGCAGAGGUUGUAUCUUCGACUGGUUUUGUUGCACAUUAUGCUUCUGAGAGCAAAGUUAAUGCACAAGGUCAAAGAAGUUAUGCUUCCCGGACAAAGACUUCAGAAGUAAUCCAAGAUGAAGGAAAACGGAAUUAUGAUCAGUAUGCUAGUAAUGUUCCUCAUUCCAAGAAGUCUGGGAAAGGAUCCUCAUCAAGGUCUAAAGAAAAGAUUCGGAGUUCAAUAUCUGAAUUUGAAAAUGGUAAUGAGUCUUCAUAUGAGGAAAAAUUGAAGGCUGGAAGAAACAGAUCUCAAGAAAAAUCUAGCAUUAGUUCUGAUAGAACUGAAAGUCAUGUUGUUUCUAAGAAAGAUUCUGAUGGAAAGACAGUGAGAGACACUAGUAGAAUUGACAAUCCACAAAAGGCUGGUAGUCGCAAUGGUUCAAUUGUUAGACCAGAUGUUGUUGGGAGCCAAGAUUUGAAGCAGACUGUGGCUCAGGACAAUGACAAUGAUAGAUCAUCAAGGAAGUUGAUUUCUGAUAAAGCAGGGGUUGAGGUGUCCAGUAGGGGGAAGUCACACUCAUUACCACCUUCUAUGAGAGGUCAAGUUGACACACUGGCGCGUCCCAAGCCAAUUGCUGAAUCUCAGAAAGAAGUUGGUGAAAAUAAAGAACUAGAUGUUAUACAUAGGGCAUUAAAACAGAGUAAAAAUGCUGAAAAGCAGAAUGGAAGCCACCCUGUCAAUCUAAGACAUCCCACUCCUCCUACAUACAACAGCCGGGACCUUGAUACCUCAAGUCCUGUUAGAAGGGAUUCCUCAAGUCAAGCUGUUACCAAUGCUGUUAAAGAGGCAAAGGACCUCAAACACUUGGCUGAUCGUCUUAAGAACUCUGGUUCAACUGAAAGUACAGGACUUUAUUUCCAAGCUGCUCUUAAAUUUCUCCAUGGAGCCUCUUUGUUAGAAUCCAGCAACAGUGAGAACACAAAGCACAACGAGAUGAUUCAGUCCAUGCAGAUGUAUAGCAGCACAGCAAAGCUUUGCGAGUUUUGCGCCCAUGAAUAUGAGAAAUCUAAAGACAUGGCUGCUGCUGCUUUGGCCUAUAAAUGCAUGGAGGUUGCAUAUAUGCGAGUAAUUUAUACUUCACAUAACAGUGCAAGCAGAGAUCGGAAUGAGUUGCAGGCAGCUCUACAAAUUCUUCCUACAGGUGAGUCUCCUUCCUCUUCUGCCUCUGAUAUUGACAAUUUGAACAACCCAGUGAAUGUCGACAAGGCUGUGCAAGCCAAAGGUGUUGGUUCUCCCCAAGUUGCUGGAAAUCAUGUUUUCACAGCACGGAACCGUUCUAGCUUCAUGCGGCUAAUUAACUAUGCACAGGAUGUUAAUAAUGCCAUGGAAGCCUCUAGGAAAUCUAGAAAUGCUUUUGCUGCUGCUAAUCCUAAAUUGGAUGGGCCCCGACAUAAAGAGGGUAUAUCUUCUGUUAAAACUGCCCUGGAUUUCAACUUCCAAGAUGUCGAUGGAUUACUACGCCUUGUUCGGGUUGCAAUGGAGGCAAUCAACCGCUGAAUUGCGUUUAGAGUUAAAGUAAAGGUAAUCACUGGAAGGCAGUUUUGCCUUUUCCUUUUUUCGUCUCCCCCAUUCCCAAAUCAAGGAAGAACGAAACCGAAGCGGAUCUUUUGGUUGGAGACAAUUUGCUAUUAUCAGUUGAAUAAUGAGUUCCAUCUUUUUGGUGACCCUUGUGCAUCCGUACAAUGAUAGUUGGAAUUGCAACAUUUCAUGGACCUUUACAUGCGGCAGUGGCCCCUUUGACCGGGGGUUCUGGAACUCCAGAGGAAGUGAAAACACAUGUUAAAUGCCCAAGGCGAGGAUAACUGGUUGCAUAAAAGUACUGAAUAAUGGUUAUCAGAAGGAUAAAGAAAUAAUUCCUGCCAAGGAGUUUUAGACCACAUCUCAGAGCAACUCGAUAUGAGUUAAAUUUUGUUAUGGUUACGUCUCCAAGUUGUAUUCAUGGAGUUGAGAACCUGCACCUGUCAAUAUUUUAUACUAAUUUCUCAUCUUUAGGAGAGUAUGGAUUAGGAGAUUAGAGAAAUUUUUGAGCUUGGUGAUAGAACAUCUUCACUGAAGGGACUGAACUGGUCCUGGUGAAUGUAUCUGGUUGAAGCUCCAUGGAGGAAGACAUGAUAAUCACAAUAUCAGGGAGUUCAUCUUUGUUAUUCUGUAGCCUACUUGAUAAAUUUGAAGCAUGUAAUAUGCAUUGCACGAGGGUGAAUUCUAUAGUUUGUAUCUGCCUCAGACUGAUGGGCUGAUUGGCCAACUGCUCUUUUGAAAUGCUCCUAUUUGUAAAUACAUGUGGCAUAUGAUCAAAAUUCAAUUCACUAGUGCCAGCCUUCCUCCAUGGGUCCAUUUGCUUCAGUUAGCCACCCACGGUUGGUAACUGAGAUUCCUUUUUUGCUCUUCCUAAGGUGGCAUAUGCUAACAUGAGUCUUUCAGUGGUUAGUAUUAUGUCAAGAUAGGAAGAUGCGCCCACAAUUUGCAGCAGCUGGGGUUACUAGCUUAAAUAGCUUAGCAACUGAUUAGUAUGUAUACUAGCUGAAAGAUGAAUAUCUAAUGUUGAUAGUUUAUUCUUUGUUUUACAAAAUUUGGAAGUUUUUGUUUCUCUAUCAUGUAGCAUUAAUCUUGUACGGUGGGCAAGUGGAAUAAUGAAUAUUAUGGGUAUAUCUUUUUUUA